AUGCACAAGCUGCAUGAUCCUGAUUCGUCUGACCUCAGCUUACACCAAGAAAUACAGGCUAGCUCACUGGGUAAUACUGUCGAACCGCCUGCGCACGCUUUCUUCCUCCUGGGCCCGACGGCUGACUGUCCGUCGCCCAGAUUUGUGUCAGCCACCCCGAUCCGACCAAAGCAGGAGUGCACCCCGCUCAAGCGCCUUGAGCCUCCUCAGCCCGGAGGUGAGCGCACACGUGAGGGCAAUGACUUGUACCACGAGAUGAUGGCCAGUGGAGUGAUCAAGAAGGACAAGGCCCCAGGAUCCAAGGCUGCGCUGGUGUACGGCCAGAUGAACGAGCCGCCUGGAGCGCGUGCACGGGUGGCCCUUACCGGCCUGACCGUGGCGGAGUAUUUCCGAGACGAAGAGGGUCAGGAUGUGCUGCUCUUCGUGGACAACAUCUUCCGCUUUACCCAGGCCGGCUCCGAGGUGUCUGCCCUGCUCGGCCGUAUCCCCAGCGCUGUCGGCUACCAGCCAACGCUGGCCACUGACUUGGCCUCCCUACAGGAGCGGAUCACGACCACGCAGAAGGGUUCCAUCACCUCGGUGCAGGCGGUGUACGUGCCCGCGGAUGACCUUACGGAUCCGGCCCCCGCCACCACUUUCGCCCACCUGGACGCCACGACGGUGCUGUCGCGGCAGAUCGCCGAGUUGGGAAUCUACCCCGCAGUGGAUCCGCUGGACUCGACCUCCCGUAUGUUGGACCCAUCCAUUGUGGGCCAGCGCCAUUACGACAUCGCACGAAGCACGCAGAAGAUCCUCCAAGACUAUAAGUCCCUGCAGGACAUCAUUGCCAUCCUUGGCAUGGACGAGCUUAGCGAAGAAGACAAGCUGACGGUGGCACGAGCCCGAAAGGUGCAGCGCUUCCUGUCACAGCCCUUCUUCGUGGCCGAGAUCUUCACGGGCACCCCGGGAGCCUUCGUGGACCUGGAGACCACGUCUGGGGCCCAUGCGCAGGUCAGGGUUUCAAUCUGGGAUGUUGAGGGCUGUCCCGCAGGACGGAUCAGGACCCUGGAGGACUUAAUUCUUUUGGUUGUUUCUUGCCAGGUCCCGCCUCCCACUUCCCCGCAUCUAGCGGGUGUGCACAGUGCACAGUUGAGGACUGGAAAGAUAAUGUCACGGAUGACGGACGGUGACGGUGACCAUCACGAUGGUGACGAUGCAAGUGUCGCUUGA